CUCCUUUGCUCGGUGGUGACAUAGACAAGCAUACACCGCUUUCUGGGCACCGCCACUUCGCAACAAAUUUCCUCUUCACCCACGCAACUCUGCUCCACUAAUCGCUGGUGGAUGGAUGGAUGGAUGGAUGAUGGAUCGGCAAUUGCUCGCUAGGGUUUCGGAAUCAUCUUCUUUUUGAUCCUGUGUUAGAUUCAGUUCUGAGAUCAAAGCAUCAUCAGCUUUAAAUGUUAUGCAACAGUUUUUUGAGGUCUGUGAGUCUUUGCUCUGGACACACUGAGGUCAGGCAGUUUAGAUACUUCUGUGGACUAUCGAAUGCAACAAGAUUCCCUACUAAUUUUUGGAACUUUAAGUUUGGAAUAAAAAGAAAGAUGAUGGUGGAUUCUGGCGCACCGGCCAAGGGAUUGACAGUUGAUGUUUUACCAGAGAAGAUUGAUGACGACAACUAUGUCGGCGGAUGCUGGAAGAGUGAAGAUGGAAGUUUAAGAUGUGGUUAUUCCAGUUUUAGAGGAAAAAGGGCAAGCAUGGAGGAUUUUUAUGACAUCAAGGCUUCCAAGAUUGAUGGACAGCCAGUCUCCCUCUUUGGCGUAUUUGACGGACAUGGUGGACCUCGCGCUGCAGAAUAUUUGAAGGAACAUCUCUUUGAGAAUCUUAUGAGGCAUCCAGAAUUCUUAACCAACACAAAAUUAGCUAUAAGUGAAACAUACCGACAGACGGACAGAGAGUUUUUGAACUCCGAAAAAGACACCUUUCGUGAUGAUGGUUCAACAGCUUCAACAGCAGUUCUUGUUGGAAAUCACCUUUAUGUUGCUAAUGUUGGAGAUUCUCGAACUAUAAUAUCAAAGGCAGGAAGAGCAAUUGCACUCUCUGAAGAUCACAAACCGAAUAGAAGUGAUGAGAGGAAGAGAAUUGAAAGUGCGGGUGGUAUUAUUAUGUGGGCAGGCACUUGGAGGGUUGGUGGCGUUUUGGCUAUGUCUCGCGCUUUCGGAAAUCGCUUGCUGAAGCAAUUUGUUGUUGCUGAGCCUGAGAUUCAGGAACAGGAGAUCGACAAAGAUCUUGAUCUGCUCGUGCUCGCCAGCGAUGGCCUUUGGGAUGUCGUCCCAAACGAGGAUGCUGUUUCGAUAGCGCAAUCAGAAGAAGAACCGGAAGCAGCUGCUCGAAAGCUGACAGAAACCGCCUUCACUCGCGGAAGCGCCGAUAACAUCACCUGCGUCGUCGUCAAGUUCUGCCACGACAAAACGAAUCCCGAAGAAAUUCAGCAGCAGCAGCCCCUUGAGGUCCCUCCCGAGCCAGAGGAAACCCAGCAGCAGACCGUCGAUGUCAACGGUAAACCUCGACUGCCCGAAAUCGAGCAUGUCGAAGCUGAAGCCGAAGCCGCUCCUCAACCCCAUAGCGAAGCAGGCGAAAGUCCACCGGGCGAAACCCGCUAAAGCGAUUGAAUUUUGCGAUGUGGGGAUGUCGACGGGACGGGACGGGACGGGACGGGAUCUGUUUUGGAUUUGUUCAUUCAUUGGUUUGUUCGAUCAUGAUGGAAUGGUCGUGAAGGUUGGUAAAUCUCAAAGGGUGGUGUAAUAUUAUUAUUAUUAUUAUUAUUAUUAUUAUGGAUGUUUGAUUGUGUUUUUGUUAUUAUUGGUAUGAUUUUUGAUUUCGUCCUA